AUGCAUACCCAGUGGGAUCUUCAGAUGGUGCUUAACAGCCUGCGUUUACCACCUUAUGAACCACUUGAACAAGCUGAUAUUAAGAGUCUUUCGAUGAAGACUGCUUUUCUCUUGGCUAUAACGUCAACCAGAAGAGUAGGUGAGCUUCAUGCUCUCUCGGUGAGUCCACAGUGUCUCAGAUGGGGGCCCGAGUACAAUCAGGUUACACUCUGGCCGAAUCCAGCUUUCCGACCUAAAGUGUUGUCUGACCGCUUUGUGAACCAGCCCAUUCAGCUUGCGGCAUUUAAUCAAGAGGCUUCCCAGACAACUGUGUGUCCAGUGAGAGUAUUGCGACACUGGAAAGAGUGGCACAAAGGCUUCCCUAAGAGCAUGGAUGAUCUCCCUCCAAAAGUUCAGUUCGAUUCAGCAAAAAGUUUCGAGUUUCGUUCCAAUUUCCUGAAAGUGAUUGGGGAAUCAUUUCUUGACAAAGUUAGAGGUUUAUUUAAUUCCUGGAAAGACGUGGCUGAUUUUGAAAAUUUAUUGGGAAAUUUUAAUUACAAGGACACUCUACUAGAGAAAGUGAUGCAAGACUGGAAUAAGGAUUACAUGUUCGGCUAUCAGUUUUUGAACGGCUGCAAUCCUGUCAUGAUCAGGAAGUGCAAGGAAAUUCCAGACAAGUUUCCAGUCACACAUGAGAUGGUGAAGGGCUUUCUGGAGAAAGGUGUCACACUACAAGAGGAAUUACAGGCGGGAAACAUCUACAUAGUGGAUUAUGACAUACUGGAGGGAGUCCUAACAGCCAACGAUCAGGUCUGUCUGACUGCACCCCUCUGCCUGCUGUACAAGAACAGACUGGACCAAAUUGUGCCAAUUGCCAUUCAGGUAUCUCUCAGUCAAACUCCAGGGGAAAAGAGCCCAAUCUUUCUCCCGAAUGAUAAUAAAUAUGAUUGGAUGCUUGCCAAGAUGUGGGUGAAAUCUGCCGACUUCAUUGUACACCAGUUGGAGACGCACUUUCUCAGGACACAUCUGAUAUCAGAGGUUUUUGAAAUUGCCAUGCACAGACAGCUCCCUCCAGUCCACCCUGUAUACAAGUUACUGAAACCUCAUGUUCGUUUCACAACUGCAAUCAAUGCAGUGGCUCGUGAAAGACUCAUCAGUAAAGACGGGAUCAUCACCAAGAUUAGUAGCCUCACUAAAGAUGGGAUAAAUGAAGUGAUUAGAAGAGCCAUGGAGACUUUAUCCCAUGAGUCCCUGUGCUUCCCUGAGACCAUAGAAGCUCGAGGAAUGAAAGAUGCGCCCAAGUACUAUUAUAGAGAUGAUGGCAUGAAGAUCUGGGAGGCAAUACACAAUUUUGUGUCUGCUGUGGUCAACAUCUACUAUGACAGCGAUGAGAAAGUUCAAGGAGAUGAGGAGAUUCAAGGAUUUGUUGAGGAUUGCCACACUGGCAUGAAAAAAUCUCCCAUCUCUCUGAAAACUCGAGAGGAGUUAGUCAAGUACCUGACCGUUGUGAUAUUCAUAACUUCAGCACAACAUGCUGCUGUCAACUUUGGACAGUUUGACUGGUAUGGCUGGAUCCCCAACAGUCCUUCCAUCAUGCGCAAGCCGCCUCCCAAACAGAAGGGCAAGGUGGACAUGAAGUAUAUCAUGGAGAGUCUGCCUGAUCGUGGAUGUUCCAGCUUGGCUCUAGGAACCGUUUGGGCCCUCAGUCGCUUCCAGAAGAAAGAGCGGUUCUUAGGCACGUAUCCAGAGAUGUGCUUCACAGAGGAACCAGUGAAGGAAGCCAUAAAGACUUUCGGCAAGAAACUAAAAGAGGUGACCAACAUCAUCAAGAGCCGGAAUGAGGGAUUAGCAUUUGAUUAUUGUUAUUUGUCCCCAGACAAAAUCCCCAACAGUGUUGCAAUUUGAAAAAAUAUUUUGCCAGGCCUAUAAAUAAUGUUUAUGGCUAAUGUGUGCUUGAUAUAAGAGAGAAGAACAGCUCUACUUAAGUAUUGUAAAACACAGAGCAUUCAGCCUUUUGAGGCGAUUUAUAGAAAUUAUGUUUCAUUAACUCUUUUUGUAUUUGACUCUGUUGCUGGGAAGUAAGGGAUAUUACUUUGUAAUGCCAUCUGUGCACAUAUGUAUGUUAUCUCAGGGGUUAUUGUUUGGUUCACACCAGGAAAGCAGAACAGUUUAUUUGACCAUAUGCUUUAAAGAGCUAAACUUGUGCUAUAAUCCAUUUAUUAUUGUCUUUCUUUUUAUUCUUUUCUUUAAUCAUAUAAACUUGCAAAUUUAUAUAUCCAUACUGUGGUAUUAAUUUACUCAUCUUUUGAUUCAUUUAUUGAUAUUCUUUAUUGCUCAGAUAAUCUAUUGUUUGUAGUCC